UUUUUGAAUAAUCGUGGUAAUUUAAUUUAAUAGCUUCUCUCGUCUCUGUUAUAGCAUUUUUGACCGUACUACGUACGGUUUGUCCAGUCUACUAAUUACGCAUUGGCGGGUGGCUAGCGUCUGCGCCUACAUGUAAUUGGCCAAUCCAUAUCCAGCUGUGCAAUUGCGCCCUUCCGCAGCGUCGUGACAUGAAAGGCGUGCACAUUGGCGGGGCAAACAUUGAUCAUUUCAAUAAAACAACGUAGCUAUAAAUCAGCCUGCAACCAUUACCACAGAGCCGAACGCCUAGUAAAGAGUGCACAGAAUCACAAAUUUCCCCAAGCCACCAAGAUGCCCGCCGUUUCCAUCCCCUCCACGCUCAACUCCUUUACAGAGACUUGGUCCCCGCGCCUCGUCGCCUCCGUCAACGGUCAGCAUGUCAAGAUCGCCAAAUGCGACGGCGCCUUCAUCUUCCACUCCCACCCGGACUCGGAGGAGCUCUUCUACCUGCUCUCCGGCCGCCUCAUAAUGGAGAUAGAGGGCGACGCGGACAAUGUGGUCAUGUCGCCGGGAGAUGUCUACGUCGUGCCCAAGGGCGUGCGUCAUCGGCCCGUCUGUGAGAAUGCGGAGAUCAUGAUGGUGGAGAAGGCCGGGACGGUGAACACGGGGGACGAGCCGGCGGGGGAGAGGACGAGGGUGCCAGUCGAUGCUAUGGAGCAAUCAUGAUAUUGAUUCUUGGGGAUCUGUCAAGACUUUCGAGGGCAAGUCAUAACAAACAGGUCGAAUUUAGCGGUAGACCAUGCUAGAUCGUUACUUUUGGUCUCGAGGGCUGCACAGUGGUGAGAUCCAUAUCUAAUGGAACGUUGUUCUAUCUACAUACCGUCUAAUUAUUCACGGCCUUCGGGUACGCAGUGAUCUUUUCGGAUAAGGCGCUCUCCCAAGUCCUUGGCGGGCUCUCCAAUGUCCCGGAAUCCUUCCUCGACUUCCGCGCCCCUCUACCAUUCGGCGCCAAGUCUUCGGUGGAUGGGUCCCUCGCUUGAUCACCAGCCCGAGAGCCGAGAGGUACGUACGGAGUAUGGUCGGAAGAAAAAAAAAAAAAAAAAAAAAAA